AUGGAAGCCAUCACUCAAGCCAUUCUGAAUCGCUCCAAACUGGAGGUGGAGUUGAUCAAGAUCACCCAGCCGACGGAGGACUCCUUCGUUAUGACAAUCGAGAGCAAGGUCACGGGUACCGGUCCCAUGGGCGCGACCAUGCAACCGAUGACGGUAGAUAUGAUGUUUAACGGUGCUUGUUUUGGAAAGCUGGACCUGCCCGAGGUCAAGACUAAGUCAAGCGGCACGAUGGUCAUUGUUACGGACCAGCACAUUAAGAUACUCGAUCGCAACGCCUUCAUGGCUUUCGUAAAGGCCAUCAUGUGCGACGACAAUUUGAUCCUGAGACUUGACAAUGGUAACUGCACCAUCAAGGCGCUCGGUCUGUCGGCCAACGUCAAGUACUCCAAGGACGUGCAUAUCACGGGCAUGAAGGGCCCUAAGCUCGCUCAGGUCAACUCUGCGCCAAGGGGUAGCGGUUUCGCCAACACAAUGAAGGUGUAUAACCCCAGCCCGCUCGAGAUCGACCACGGUGUGAGCAUGUUUGAGCUGCGCAAUGAGGGCAGCGGCGAGGUUCUGGCGGAGUUGAAGGGUGACUUGAAGAUUGUCCGGGGCGAGUUUGAAAUCACCAUGGAAGGUACCCUGAACAAGGGAACAAAGCCAUCCGACAAGGCCGUGAUGGUCGGACUUGGCACGCAAGAAAAGAACUGGUGCAGCGAGACGAUCAAGAACAUCAACUGUCCGUUCUCAGUAACGCCUCAAUUUUGCCAGCUGCUCCAAUAG